UCCAACAUGGCGGCAGGUCUGAACCUCCAGCCUCAGACCGUCGAUGGUCUCCUAACCCUUGACCUGAGUAACCAGGGUCUGACGUCCAUCCCGGAGGAGGUGUUUGAUAUCACUGACCUGGAGUUUCUAGGUGUGUCCAACAAUAGACUAACAAGCAUCCCGGAAGCAAUCGGCCGUCUGCAGAAACUUUCCCGUUUGGACGCUCACGGCAACAUGCUGACACGUUUGCCACAGGCGAUCGGUUCCUUGCAGAAAUUGACACAUCUGUACGUUUAUAGUAACAAACUUGCCAACUUGCCUCCUGGCAUAGAAAAGCUACAGAAAUUGACAUUACUGUCCAUUGGUGAUAAUCGGCUGACGGAGGUUCCGCCGGGCGUCUUUUUGCUCCCUAACCUGGAGGUGUUAGAUGUCAGCAACAACAAGCUCUCCACCUUCCCUCCUGGUGUGGAAAAGCUGCAGAAACUGAGAGUACUGGGCAUUGAUGAUAAUCAGCUGACGGAGCUGCAGAAACUGAGAGUACUGGGCAUUUAUGGUAAUCAGCUGGCAGAGGUUCCACGAGGGGUCUGCUCGCUCCCUAACCUUGAGGUGUUAGAUGUCAGUAAUAGUAAGCUCUCCACCUUCCCUCCUGGUGUGGAAAAGCUGCAGAAACUGAGACAACUGCACAUUAAUGGUAAUCAGCUGACGGAGGUGCCCUCAGGGUCGCUCCCUAACCUUGAGGUGUUACGUGUCUAUAACAAUAAGCUCUCCACCUUCCCUCCUGGUGUGGAAAAGCUGCAGAAACUGAGAGAACUGUACAUUUAUGAUAAUCAGCUGACGGAGGUACCUCCAGGCGUCUGCUCGCUCCCUAACCUUGAGGUGUUAUGUGUCUAUAACAAUAAGCUCUCCACCUUCCCUCCUGGAGUGGAAAAGCUGCAGAAACUGAGACAACUUGACAACCCCAUCAGACACCUCCCCGAUGGUGUCAGACGACUCACCAGGCUGAAGACUCUUUAUGUCUCCGGCUGUCAGUUCCCCGGACAGGUGCUGCAGCUGAAGACACUGGAGAAACUGCAUGCGGGUGGCUGCAAGUUUGACAUGCUCCCAGAUGAAGUGGGAAACUUACAACACCUGUGGUUCUUGUCAUUGUCAAGUAACCUCCUCAGAACCCUGCCGAGCACCAUGAGUCACCUGCACAACCUACGGGAGGUCCACCUCGAUAAAAACAAGUUCGACACGUUCCCAGAAGUCCUGUGUGACCUACCUGCCAUGGAGAAACUGUUCAUAAGUAACAACAACAUCACCAGGCUCCCAACCGCCCUUCACCGAGCAGACAAGCUGAAGGACUUGGAUGUUUCUGGAAACCCCCUGACAUACCCUCCACAGGACGUGUGUGAACAAGGGACCGCCGCCAUCAUGGCCUUCCUGAAACAGGAGGCUGAGAAAGGAACCAAACGAGCUGGGCAGGAGGAGAAGAAGGGCUUGUCAGCAGGCAAAGAAACUAAGGAAGUCCAAGAUGUACAAGUCUCAUCCGUUAAAGCAUCACGUAAACCUGGCAUCAUGGAGACCGCUGCAGAGACCGAACUGGAGAGGAAGUUCCAGGAGAGAAGGGAGAAAAGUGCCCGGAUGAAGCAACAAGUCAGCCAACAAAAGGACCAGACUGUGGAGAGAAUGGACAUCAGCAAAGGUGAUUAG